UUCCUGAAAGUUUGCUCCCUGGAAGUGUGCAUUAGCUGGGAGUGUCCGUGCUCCUCUUAAACUGACACUUUUUCACCUCUGGCAGAGAGCUGGAUUUGGGUCGGAUUUCUCCCCCUCCCUCUACAGAAUUUCACCCGAAAAUGACAGAGAAGGGGCUCACAGAAGAAGAUGUUAAUGCCGCUUGCAAGGAGGGAAAUCCAAUCACUGCAGACUUUAUGAUGCAGCAGACAAUGCUCAGGGUGAAGGACCCUGUAAAAUCACUGGACUUCUACACACGAAUCCUGGGUCUGACAUUACUGCAGAAGAUAGACUUCCCGUCCAUGCGCUUCACGCUGUAUUAUCUCGGCUAUGAGGAUAAGACAGAUAUCCCCCAAGAAGUGAAGGAAAGGACAGCUUGGACAUUUUCCAGAAGAGCCACCAUUGAACUCACUCAUAACUGGGGCUCAGAAGCUGAUGAAAAUCAUCUCUAUCACAAUGGAAACUCAGAUCCUAAAGGCUUUGGUCAUAUAGGCAUUGCUGUUCCUGACAUACAUGCUGCCUGCAAAAUGUUUGGAGAACUGGGAGUUAAGUUUGUGGAAAUAACAGAUGAGUGUAAAAUGAAGGGACUGGCCUUUAUUGAGGACCCAGAUGGCUACUGGAUUGAAAUUUUGAGCCCAAACAACAUGUUAUCUAUUACUUCAGAUACAGAGUCAUGUGAAGUGAAGCAGACACAGCAUGAUGACAGUGAUAGCUUAGCCAACCUUAACCCUAAAAUAUGACAAACCUGGCAUUUGGUUACAGCGUUUUAUCUGUUACAGUGUGUCUGUGAGAGUGACUGGAUACUAAUAUUAUUUAUGCAUCUCAACUAGGCUAUGUUGUGAAUGUUGCUUUAUAGAUAUUGCUUACAUUUAGGGUUACAUUUAGUUAAGAUCAUAAUUUCCCAAAUGCAGCAGUUCAUCAAAACUCAUUUGUUUCCAUAUAAACUAAAUCAUUUUGAUAUUAAUUGAAUGGGAAACCUUGUAUAUUUGACACAUUGCUGUGAUAUGGAGGCCAAAUAAAUGUGCCUUUUCUUUUAAAUGUCUGUCCGAGGCUGUUUAUAAUUGUUUUGGAGGGAUUUUAUGCAAAAAAAAAUACAUUGUUAAAUUCAAAUUAACAUUAUAAAACUACAUGUAGACAUAUGUAGGUAUUCCUGGUGGUUUAGAAUAGUAAAUUAUAUGGCUAUGUUUAUGCUAUCCUUGAGGGGGAAGUAUCUUUCAAGUAUGUAAUAGAUCACGUUCCUUUUUAAAUGCACCGAAGACGGUUCAACAGACUGACAUAAAGCCGCAUGUUCUAUAUCAAAAGUCUGCCAUUCAAAAUUACACAACAUAAGCUAAUUACCCAAUAUAUGUGCCACCUGGCCAGACACCUUAAUAAGGAAUUAAACUAUAUAAAAUGGCUUUUUUUUACGACAGUGAAAGAUGCUGCAGACAGAGAGAAGAAGAAUGAGAGGGGGAUGAAGAGUGAGAGGUAGUGAUAGAGUUGUUAGAGAAGUUUAUGGCCAAAGAAGAAAACAGCCUUUAAAUUAAAUAAGAACAACCUUAGCAUGUCAUCAACCAUGGGCUGACAGAGGCUGGACAGACAGUGCAGGUCAACUUAAGCUGUUUUACUGUUUCCUCUGUCAUCCAGACAUUUAGACUGUAAAUGUAUCUGCUUUGCAUAUGUUGCACUGACUUGCUUGGUGAAAAAUAAAAAAAAAUAUGACAGUG